CUAUAAAAGUCUGUUUAAUACACUUUUAUAUGCUGCGUUUUCUACGGUUUAUUUGAGACAAUUUCUAAAGUUGUGUAGGAUCUUUAUCUUCACACGGUAUAGUUCCGCUGUGACCAAACACUAUUUCAAUUAUAAUGUUGGUUGGUAACCAUGGUUUUGUUUCAUGUUGAAUAUGAUCAUGAGAAUUUUCUCACUGGUAUAAAAAGUCUUUUUUUUUUUUCUUUAAGGAUAAAGAUUGAUUUCACCCAUUCUCUGCUUGAAAUCGAAUAGUAGCAAGCCUAGUUAUUUUUAAUUAAAGCAUGACUUAAGUGCACAGGGUGAUUCAGUGCACUCACUUCAUGAAGGAGACAUAGGCCAACUUCUGUAUUAGCUCUAAUAAGAUCGGUAUGCAAUCUUUAUGGAUAGCACAGACCCAGUUACAACUUGGAUUUUGGUAAGAUAAGAAGCUCUUUCACUUACAGUUAAACAGGCGCUGUCAGCCACACAUUAAACUGGGGGUCACUCAAAACAGCAAGAAGUUCUAGACAAUUUAUCUAGCAGAAUCUCUUUUAACUGCAUAUUUGGAGUUCAGGCUGAACUGUAUCACUCAGAGAUUUUUUUUUUCAGUACUGCUGUGUUCUAGGUGUCAGUUGGUUCUGAUCAUUCAGCAACCGCUGGUGCUGAUAUUAGCUUUAAAACUCAUUAAAGAAGGAGUUUAUUAAAAAUAAAUUGAGACUGAAUGGAUGCUAACAUGGCUAAAACUGUGAUAGGUGUUGUAGCAUUGUUGGUGCUGAUGAUUGAAGGAUUCCAGGCUGACACAGGAACUACAAAGAACUUACAAGAAAUUGUUAUUGGAAGAUGUUAUAACUAUAUAAGGACAAUUAAUCCAAGUAUCGGCAGGAACGACUGCAAUGAUAUCUGGUUACGUUUUCUGGAUGCUUUUCUUGGGAAGGACCCUUGUGAUGUCCCAGUUAGGGACUAUGAUCAGUUGUUCAGUACAGUACAGCAGACCAUACCCUGUAAUAAGGUACUGCUCUGGAGCAAGACACGUGACAUUGUUCAGAGUUACUCUGCAGUUACUCACCGUUUUAUGACUUUGGAUGACACCUUCAUUGGUUAUUUGUUUAAUGCCUUGACUUGGUGUGGUGAAAAAAGCAAAAGAGAACUCGAUUAUAAUUCCUGCCCUGAUUGGUCAACAUGUGAAAAUCAGCCAGUCGCUUCAUUUUGGAAAAAAGCUUCAGAAUACUUUGCUGAAUCAGCCUGUGGGGAUGUCACAGUGAUGUUGAAUGGAUCAAUUUACAAUGCAUUCAGCAAUACAAGUAUGCUUAGAAGUGUUGAAGUCCAGCAUCUUGAUCCAAGGAAAGUCAAUCAAGUUGACAUCAUGGUAAUUAACAGCUUACGAGGACCAAUCAGGGAGUCCUGUAACAGUGGGUCCAUCGUUGAGUUAAUACAGAUCCUAAAACACCAGGGUUUCCGUUGGACUUGUACUGACAAUGACAAGAGUCUAAUAAUCUUACAAUGUGUUCGAGAUCCAAACCAUCCAUCCUGCAAAAUCUGCAACAACAGUAUGCGCUGCUGAAUACGAUUCUUAAAAAAUAAAAAGCAGGUCCUCUGUUCAUGCUAUUUUAAACGAUUGGUUAUUGUCCAUGUAUUUAACUUGGCUGCCAAAUGAGCCUAACUUGUUAUUUAUUCAUACGUUUUGUCAGGUUUUGUAUAUUCAGUAAGCAUUUACUCCAGGUAUGUUUGUACUGUUUUUUACUGUGUUCUAAUAAUACUUAAUACGCCAUUUUACCAAAUAACAUUACAAACAUUAUUAAUAAGUUGUAAAUGUCAUCAUUACAGUGAAAAUAUAUACGUGUAUUUCAGUAA